AUUAAUAAUAAUUUUUUGGGAUUAUUUCUAUAUCUUGCCAUCUGCGUGUUUACAUGUUGUCUGAUGUCACUAUUAAAGGUCAUUCUUCAUAAUGGGCCCUAUUUUAACGAUCUGAAACGCAAGUAUCAAGCGCGAAGCGCAAGUAACUUUGUGGGAGGGUCUUGGGCGCUGUUGCUAUUUUACCGGCGGGAUAAAUGACUCUUGCGCCCGACGCAAGUUUAAAGGGUAACUAAACCCUAAACCAACUUUUUUUAGUUAAUGAUCUGUAAGCAUGGGGCUUUAUUAGUACUGGUCAUUGAUUCAAGUAAUUUUUUGACAUUUGUGUAUAAAGUGUUUUAAUUCUACAAUAUAUGGUGUAAAAACGUCUGAGUGCUGCCCUCUUCAGGUUGAACGGUGGCUACUGCAGUUGAAUGUUCCUAUUGGCUGUUGCGGUACUUCGUGACGUAAGCGGUGACAGCUGACGUAAGCAGGUUCCAGCUCACCACGCCAGAUUCAUGUACAUGUCGUCUUGCGACCGUGUGAGGAAUAAUAAUAACAUGGAGUUUGACAGCAGCUGUCAAUUAAUCCGUCACUACGAGUCUCAGGUGCACCGGUGUGCAACGGGGUUUGAGAUGCGUUUUCUCUUGUUUGGUGGGUGUGUCAGAACUGCAGUCCAAUCAGCAGCAACAUGUAUAUAAAGCACGCGGAAUUAAAGUGAACUCACACAAUGGGUUCAAAUAAAGUAUUUUACAAAUGUGUUCGAUGCAGCUCGGUUUACGCAUCAACUGAGGAUAUUAGAAGACAUGUUUGUCGUAAGUUUUAUUGUAAAAUAUAGGAUAUCAACAUAAUGAUGUAGUUGUUUAGGCUAUAUUAUUAGCUUCAUUGCAAGUGUAUGACAUUUGGUAUAGAAAUAAACAAUGGUAAUUAAGUGCUUUUCCUAAAAAUGAGAAAGAAAAUACAGGGUAUUAAAACAGUAUGAACUACAAAUCAAGUCAGUAUGUGAGGCUAAAUAGAUGUUUUAGUCUGAAUUAGGUAAGAUGUGUGCUUCCAUUUCAGUUUCAGCAAUCCCUUUGGGACAGGCUAGUGCAUCAAAUGGGUCUAGUCAACUUCCACUGGGCCUACACAUUCCUGCUGCACCACAGAAGUUGGCUCCUGCACCACAAAUUAUGGCUCCUGCACCACAGAAGUUGGCUCCUGCACCACUGCAUUUGCCUCCAGAUACUACACCACUUAAUUUGUCUGUUGCUGGACCAUCACCUGCCUGUGCUCCAAAGUGGGCAUCAGUGUCAGACCCCCAACACAUGCCAAAAAAUUCAAAGCCAUGGACGCACAAUGCAACAUUGCUUUUAAUUUCUCUGGCAAAGCAAAUGGCUGAAGAUUUUCAAUCUCCUGUGUUAAAGAAAGUAGAAGUGUGGAAAAAGGUAGCUACACAAAUGCAGGCAAAAGGAUAUGACUUUGGAGCAGAGGAAUGUGACAUUAAGUUCAGACAGUUAAAACACAGAUACAAAACAAUAGUGGACAGUAAGAAGAAGACUGGGAGUGGUGCCAGCAGCUGGGUCUUUUUCUCAUCAAUGGAGGACCUCCUGGCUGAUGAUCCCAGUGUGGAGCCGGUCCUGGUCAUGUCAUCUUUUGCUGAGGCUUCUUCAGGAUCAUCAAAUUCACAAUCAUCAAAUUCACAACCUAAGGCAUCAGCAGAUUGUAGCAAAAGGAGAAAGCGCAAGUCUGAAGCACCAGAGUGGUUUGAACAGUAUGUCAGUGAGCAAAGGAGGCAGAUGUCAGAAGUCAUAAGCCUGCAAAAACAAGCAGUGGAAGUGGCAAGUGAACGUAACAACAUCCUAAAAGAUUUUGUUUCUGCUUUGACGAAGAAAUAGCAAUUUGGGUUUUCUCCUUUUGCUACAUUCUGCUGAUGGUUAGGUUCUAUUUUGUUUGUUUAAUUACAUGAUGUACAGUAUAUAUGCUGAGAGAUAUAAAUGCAAUAUUGAUCACCUCACAUUUGUGGCUUUUUAUUCAUUAUUUUACUUCCAUUCUGUUAUGAAACAAAAACUUCUGAAAACUUAGGUGUACACAAUAAGAAUGAGUUAAACAUAAACUUUAAUCAUCUUCCACCAAAAAUAAAGCAAGUUCAUCCCUUUUUCUUUGACCUGAAGUAUUUUCAGGGUAUCCUGCUUCACAAUCAUUGUCGCCAUCCACUUCUUCACAAUCCUCCAUUUGG